ACAAAAGCCCCACCACUUCUACUACUCAAAGGGAAAUAUACAUCAACACGAUCCCCGACACCACCACCCAAAGGAAAAUUAACAUCAACCCAAACUUCACCACCACCAAUGGGGACGGUAGCAUCAAAAAACAGUGAACCUCCAUCACCACCCAAAGAAACAUCAUUAUCAACAUCAACAGGAUCUACACCAACACCACCACCCUGGGGAGAAUCAUUCUCAUCAUCAACACAAUCUGCAAUGCCACCACCCACACGAAAAUCGACACCAACACGACACCCACUACUAUUAAGAGGAAAGUCGACACCAACACUUACAGAACCAUCACCGCCAAUUCUCACGGGACAGUCAACACUAACACAACUGCCCCCACCCCUACCACCUAAAAGAAAGUCGACCUCAACCCAAUACCCACUACCACAAGAAGGAAAGUCGACACCAACACUAACAGAACCAUCGUCAACACUUUCUACAGGACAAUCAACAUUAACAGGAACCCCACCACCUCUUCCGCCUAAAAAAAAGUCGACAUUAACACAGAACCCAGUACCACAAGAAGGAAAGUCGAUAACAACACUUAAAGAAGUAUCAUCAUCACUUCUCACGGGACAAUCAACAUUAACAGAAAUUCCACCGCCCUUACCACCUAAAGGAAAGUCGACAUCAAUGCUGAAAAAAUCUUUACCACUAUUACCCACGGAGCAAUCAACGACACUGACCCCACCAUUACUACUGCACAAAGAUAAAUCAACAUCAAGCCCAUCUCUAUCACCACCCAUGGGAGAGUCGGCAUCGACACAGUCCACAUCACUAACAUCCACGGGACAGUCAUCAUCAAUAAAAUUCCCACAACUACCCAGAGGAGAAUCAUUAUCAACAUCAAUACAAUCCCAACCGUCGCUGCCCACAAGACGAUCGACAUUAGAGCAGUUCUCCCCAUCAUUGUCACGCAAAGAUAAGUCAGCUUUAUUAGACAGAUGGGAAACCUUACAAUGGCCAGCAACGGACAAUGGCGAUGAAGCAAGCAGACUAAGUGCCUCUGAGAAUGACCUUUGUAGGAUUAAAAACGGUAAGGUGCUUGAACAAGGAAUUGCGCUUGGUGUAAAAAUGUUCUCGUUUAAUUUUUAAGAGGUAGGGAUUACGGAUGGAAAUAUCCCCAAUUUGAUGAAAUAAUGAGCUGAACGGAGGGCGGAAUUGUAGUUUACAAUCCAUUUCGAACUUUGUCUCUUUCGACGGAAUUGCAUUUGUUGGCCCUCAUACCACUCUUUUCAUUAAUAUUUUAUUGACGGUUGACUGAGAGCUCUAUGUUUGAGGUAGUGAUUCCCUAAUUGAAUUGAUAUUUGACCACUCAUAGUUCAAGUUCUAACUCAGCCUCAAAUAAAUCUAAAGUCACAAGAAAUAAACUGUGUAGAAUUAAGAGUAUGUCAGCAGCGAGAUCAAAAUAAAAUGUUUUUCCUGCUUGGAAUGGCUUAGAGAAUAAAAUAUUGAUAGUUACGGAAGGGUCACGAUGGGAUUCUCAUUCAAAAAAAGCAUGCAUAAUUAGCAUAAUUAGCAUGCAAUAGGAGUAGAGGUUGGAAAUAAAAAGGCUAAAUACAAAUUAACGAGAAUAACCUUCUGAAACUUCUUUAAUGUAAUAAGAAAAAUUAAAAAUGUUGUGAAUGUUUGUUGCAUUUAACUUACAGGGAAUGAAAAAGAGGAAGAAGAAGGACGGCAACAACCAAAACAACAGCAGCAGCAACAGCAAAAACCACCACAUCAACAGCAACAACAUCAACAGAAACUGUCACAGAAAGAAAAUGAAAACGGGAAACUUGAAGAUCAAGCUUUCUUUGAGACCAAGAAAUUGCUGGUUAGUGGGUUCGAUAGCUUGAUGAAUGAACGCAGGCUGAAAACCUUAAUUGAGGUCGUGAGCGGUGCCGAGGUGGAGGAGGUACAAAUGUUGAUGAACGGCAGAGCUCUAAUCACGAUGACCAAAGAUGUAAAAGGUAGGCGAAGUCAAAGUCACGUCAAUUCAUUUGCAACUAAUAAGCUAACACGAAACAAGACUUAAUAGUUGCUCACCGACCCAUACCACAGCACCAACAUUGGUAUAACUCUCACAUUAUCUGAAGUGAUAUUAAGGAGACCUGAUGGUUAUUGCACGAGGUACCAUGACUUUUUUAUUUCAUUCAGAUUACAGUUAUAUCAAGAAGGAAGUUGAAGUUGAAACUAAAGGUUUGGUGUCCAUCGAGCAAGUUCCUGUUUGCAAAAGCAUUCUUGUUACCGGUUUUUCAGAUGACACUACCUAUGAAGAAAUUGAACUGUUUUUUGAGAGCCGUAGGAACAACGGAGGUCCUGUGGAGAAGGUUACCUAUGUACCCGAGCGUCAUCAAGCUAUCGUCGUGUUUCAAGAAGUAACAGGUUUGUUACUUAAUGACGUAUAUCAGUCAGUAAUUUGGGUAUAGUUUAAUUUCUAAUAAUGAAUAAUAACCAAAAUGAACUGAUGGUUGACAUGACUUUAAUGAAGAGAGCGAAUUGGAUGGAUUGAUUGAAUGAUUGGUUGAUUGAUUGAUAGAUAUAUAGAGGACGUGAUUGAUUGAAUGACUGAUUGACCGAUUGACUGACUAAUUGAUUCAUUCAUUUACUGUCUGCUACAUGAAUUCUCUCAUGCGGUACCUUCCUAAUUCAAGUUUUAUGAAGAAUUAUUUAAAGCAAAAAAGGCUUACUUCGUACCACUCCUCUUCAUCCUGACAGAUAUACAAAGAGUCUUGGCCUUACACACAGAGAGACCACUAAUCUCAAAUGGGAAAACGUUGUCACUUGAAAUUUGCUACGAGUUGCAAGACAUCAAAGAAGGUGAUAGACCCGAAAAUGAAGGCGAAUUGAAAGAGACUGUGGAUAUUGCAAGAAGGACUAAAUCAAACUCGAUGCUCAUGGCUGUAGAUCCUGAUGUGAUGGAAUACAUCACCAAAACGGCAUUUCAGGAUCAACUUAAUAGCUCCUUGGCUAAAAAGAAAGGAGUUAUCACCUGGAAACCCAACCAAAAAACAGCUGCAAUAGAGUAUCACGGAGAGAGUGGAGGCGAUUCGUGGAAGUCUGACUGCUUUGAAGAAGUACAAAAUUUCGUCGACAAGUUUGCGAAGUGUGAUGUCCCGGUAAACAAGGAUUUUUGGGAAGCCGUGGUGGCUCAAGGGUCCUUGGGAUUUGACCCUUCCCUGAUAAAAAUCAGCGGUAAUACUCAUUCUUUGAGGAUUGUUUGCUUGAAAACAGAUGUAAAAAGUAACCAGGAAAAAGUGAAAGCUAAAUUGGAAGAGAUAUACCUCAAUGAGAUCCUGAAAACCAAAACAAAAAUCAAAAUACGAAAUGUUCCUAAAGAACGCCUAAUUUUGCUGAAAAAACUGAAGUUUGUGGAGAACCUUAAGGAGAAAAACCGAAAAAUAGAAAUCAGCUUGGAUGUUGAAAACGAAGAACUACGUUUCAAAGGUCCUCAGCAACAACUGAACGAGGCAAUCGUGGAGUUUCGGGAUCAUAUGAAUGACAUGGUUGAAAAAUCACUGAAAUUAUCCGUAAAGUUAAAAGAGAUUUUGGGCUCAAAAGUUGGGCUUCAGACGGUGAAUGGUGAAUUAGAAAAACACAACGUGCAGGCUGUGAUCUACAUUAAUAAAGGGGCCAGGGUGGUAGGAACAUCAACUGCGCAUGUCGAUAACGCUUUGGAGGUUGUUAAUAGGUUGAUGCUGGAAGAAAAAGUGCACGUGGAGGAAGAAAGUCAAAUUUUGCUACAAUCCCAUACCUGGCAUCUACUGUGUCAGGAGAUUAACACCCAGUCCACUGUCCACGUUCACGGAAACUCCUGGAAUGAUGUAUACUUAGUUGGGUUCCGAGAAAACGUUUCUUACGGGAUGAAAAAGUUACAGACCUUCUUGGAAAAAAACCGCAUCAUCAUAAAAGAUCAGUUUCAGUGUCGUGCGAAAAUUAUUAAAAAGUAUCUCGUCGACAUUUGUCAUGAAGAUUUACGCUGCAUUGAGGUUCACCUGAAAGAAUUUCAGGUGAAAAUUAAAACAGGAAAUACCGACAAUUUCCUUGAAAUUUCCGGAAGAGAAACAGGCUUAAAAAUAGCAAGAGAGAAAAUUGAUGAUCUUCAAAAGAAUAUCGUUUGGAAGACUUGGAAAGUGGAACAGCCAGGCCUCUGUAGAUAUUUUGAAGGCGGGAAAGAAAACUACUUAGUGAGGUCUGUGAAAAGGAAACAAGCUUGCACCAUUAGCAUCCAGAAAAGUUUUAUGCAAACAGACGAAAAUGAAUUAAAAACUGUAGAUUAUGACUCAUCAGCAGCCAAUACCAACCAUGAAGACGAUGAAGAUGACUGCAAAGGCGCUGAGGACGAAGACAACGACGAUUCCAAUGGUGAUUAUAAUGUAAAUGAAGGUGAAGCAGGCUCUUCUAUAGCUGACGAUUCUCCUCUGCUAACAAAAUAUGGACACAAAAUAUCAUGGAAAAUGGGGAACAUUGAGGCAGAAAAGGUGACAGUUGUUUAAACUAUUUUUUUCAUAUUUGAAUACGUACUUUGAAUGUUGAUAAAAUAUCAGCUAAAUAGCAUAGGCCACUAUUUCCUCAGUUACGGAUGUUCAUGUCGCAAGCUCUGUUUCAAAAUGACGAUAUUACUGUUGCGAAACACCCCAUAUAUAUAUUUUUGGCCAUCCGGAAAGCCAUAACGUCCUUUAAGAACGUAUAGUAACAUUCACUUGAAUUGCAGGCUGAUCUAUUGGUCUGCUCCCAGGGGGCAUGCACUCAAGCAAUCAUUAAGGCUGGUGGUCCAAAAGUAGCAUCUCCAAAGAUUGGAGACAUCACGUUAUCUGGUGGUUUUGCCUUCGUCAGGCAUGUGAUCCACAUCCGGUGUUGCAGUUGGAAUGGUGGCCAGGGCAAAGAGGUAGGUAUUUAAUUUGUUGGAGUAGACACGUUACUAGAUGAGUUGCAGUUCGUAUGCGUAAAAGGAUGCAUGCAGCUUUCAAAUCAACGUGUUUUAUUUCCAUAUAGACUCUACAGGGCCUUGUUCGAAAGUGUCUGCAGAAAAGUGUAGAGCUACGAGCGACUUCCAUUGCAUUUCCUGUAAUAGGUACCGGGAAACUAAACUUCCCUCGUGAUGUAGCCUCCAGACUUAUGUUGGAAGAAGUAAUCACCUUCUGCAAAGCUCAUUCCGCAUCCUCUACGCAGGAUAUUCGAUUUAUUGUUUACCAGCAAGAUCGAGCAUUAACUGCCGCUUUCAAACAAGAGAUGGACAAAUUAAGAGUCGAGCAAAACGUACACAAGAAGUUAAAAAAGACUCCCGUGCUUAUUGAAGUGGCUCAUGGUGACCUUUUCCAGGAGAAAACAGACGCCAUUGUAAAUAUUGUCAGCAAAGACUUGGAUAUGGAUAGAGGAAUGGUAAGCAAAACGAUGAAGAUGCUGGGCGGUCAGCGGAUACAGGAUGAGUUGAAUAAGUUCCGACAGCAACCGUGUGGGUCAGCGGUGAUGACCGCUGGUGGAAAGCUACCAUCACGUCACAUUAUACACCUUAUAUCCGACUCAGCAAAUGAAAGCCACCUCCAGCAGUGCCUGGAAAGUUGUUUUCGACUUGCAGAAACACAUGGUCUUGGCUCCGUUUCCAUCCCCGCAGUUGGGACUGGUGGAUUCCAAAUGUCUGCUACAGAAUCCGCUAACGUGAUAUACCGAGCUCUUAACAACUUCUGCGGUAGUUUUAACUCUGUCCACACAGUAAGGAUUAUUAUCUUUCAAGUCCAAAUGAUGCAGGCAUUUCAGCAAUUUCAGCAUAAUUCAAAGAAAGUCAUAACCCAGUACAUCGCAUUAGAUGGUCGCUUUAAAGUCAACGUGCUUAACUGUGUAGAUAUUUGUGUCGCGGGCAAAGAGCCAAACGUCACAGAUGCUAUUGAAUUCCUGAAGAAAAGUUUCUCCAGGGCUUUGACAACAGAAAAGGUGGAAAGCGACGUGGUUAGUCAACUCUCCCAUGAGAAGAUUGAGACUCUGAGAAGAAAAGCCGAUGCCCGUGACUUGAAACUUAAAGUCGAAGAUACCGCUACUCGUAUCUUAGUUCAGGGUGAAUCUACAGAAGUGAACAAGAUGGUCGUGGAGAUCAUGAAAGAGUUGGAAAAGAUUAAAAAGAAAAAACAGGACCAAGAGCAAGCGCAUCUGAUAUCAAAAAGUGUGGAAUGGGGCUACGAAAUAAAAGGCAUUAAAAUGGUUUUCAAUCAGAGAUCGAACGCCAUGAUUGAAACGGCGCAUAAUAAAGGCAAGUCAGAAAUAAAGAUAUCUCUGUCAGGAGAGCAAUUCCUGAUAGAUUUGAAGAAAAAUAUUGGACGCGGACAACAGUCAGGAGAUCAGAUAACUCUGACGAGAAAGAUAAAAGGUUAGCUACUCACUGUUUUCUUACGAGUAAUCGUGCAGUAACAGUUAGCUGCUAAGAUGAUUCCUUUCGUUGAAGUGACGAAACCAACCACUAUUACCCUUCUCUGUGUGACAAAAAGACAAAUAAUUUUACGGUACCAAAAGAAAUAGUAAUCAAGUCUUUAAAAGGAGACCAAACUCUCGUCAAUGUCGCCGAGGUACAAAUAAAGGAAACAUUCUUGCUCACUUUAACCUUUCAUGCACCUCUAAGUCAGGCCUUCUUGUUCCCUAGGAUUUCCCCUACCAACGCACUGGACACCAAUGUCCCGACCUGAUAUGAUUGUGCACACAGAGGUGCUGUUACCAGACUCUUCUGAAUACAAAAAUGUCAAGCACAUGAUUGAUGCGACCGCUAAAGGAUUGAGUAUUCAGAAGAUUGAACGAGUGCAAAAUCCUCAUCUGUGGCAAGCUUACAUGGCGAGGAAACAGAAAAUUGAGCCGGACUGUGGAGGAAAUAGCGAACGACAACUGUUUCAUGGGACGAAUGCUAUAAACGUCAGCCAUAUAAACGCACAGGGAUUUAACCGAAGCUUCUGUGGAGUCCACGGUAAGUAUUCCAAUUUGAAAGCCUACGGUGAGGACGUACCCUUGAGUUAACAUGCGCUAAUUAAUUAAAAAGAAUUUUCACUCGUGCAAACGCGGUAACAAUCUUACGAAAAGGCCUAUAAAUGUCGCCUUUAGUGAGAAAAAAAAAAACGGAAAAAAAAGUCGUUCAAAGUUGCAUAGGUAGUAAUGUAAUGUACACUUAAUUGACCACUCCGCAACGGUACUUUUCAGGGUUAAUACAAACAAAUUGAAAAUACAAGCAAAUUUGAACAGACAUUGUAAACAAAGUGUUUAAGAAUCCCAACUGACAUGAGGCAGACCAGUUGGCUCUAUACAAAGCGCAGCAAAGGAAUUGAAUCGGGGCAAAUGAAAACAAAUCCAGUGUGUAACAGGGUGGAGGGCUUGAACCUGAGACCACCAGAUUACAAGCCCCAGCGCCCUGACUACUCGGUCACACUGCCCCCAGAGGUCAUUACACUCCGGAUAAGAAUUAUUGCAAAUACACCCGCCAACGAUUUCUAUACGAUUUGCUUUAUAAUCUUCUAUUUUUUUUCCAGGAACAAAAUACGGACAGGGUGUAUACUUUGCCAGGGACGCCAGUUACUCUGUUCAUUACACUGGGAAAGGUGAUGCUGGCCGCCACAUGUAUCUUGCCCGAGUCCUGGUAGGAAAGUACUGUGCAGGGAAACAAGACAUUAAGGUGCCUCCACCGAUAGACCCUUCGAGGCCAGAAGUGCUUUACGAUUCUGUCGUGGAUCAGACUAAGAAUCCCAGCAUAUUUGUAGUUUUUCAUGAUUCUCAAUGUUAUCCAGAGUACCAUGUAACCUUUGAGUAA